GAAGCCUUGUGUGAGACAAACGACGAACUACAAGAGACCAGCCGUGAAGAGGCCCGUGAAUUGCGCGAGGAGAUUGAACAAGGACACACACAAAUACUAAACCUCACUCGCCAUUUGGAUGCAUGCCGUGAGACCAUUUCGGAUUAUGAAAAGACACUGGGCAAAUUCCGGGAUCUCGUGACCGAACUGCAGGCACAAAAUAACGAACUGCGACGUUCUCUUGCCGAAGGUCAACGACAGAUAGAGACAAAACUGCAACUGGAUUCUGCGAUUGCGCAACAAGCCUUUCCCACUACGGACUCUAUGGUUCAACCAUCUCUUGGUAUCGGUCUUGUAUCUCAGGCUCAAACCAUGGCAAAAGUUAUUGAAGCUGAAUUGCGCCGACUGGAAGCGGAACAAAGUGGUGCUCAUGUGGCCCGGUUGUCCGCCUUCCUGCCGGACUCUUUUCUCAGACGCGGUGGAGACUACGAUGCCCUUCUUGUGGUGCUCCUCGUGGAUCGUUUGGCUGCCAAAGCCGAUCUGCUAGCUAACCACUUGUGUGAACGAUAUCCACUACCUGCGUGCAUUCCUGGUCAAGCAAAACCGCCGACUAUGCUGGCUGCUGAACAGAGUGAAAAAUCACCGGAACCGGACACCAAUAUUGAAAUCAAUCUGCCUGGUUCCAAGCAGCCACUGCCACCAAUGACCAAGACCAAGGCGGAGCUUUACAGUUUCGUUACCAGGUUGAUCCAUCUGUUACGUUGUUGGUCAGCUUUAUUGACACAAUUUAAAGAACUAUUCGAGUUCACUCGAUGCGCACUGGCCUCUGUGGACUCGUUGGCUGCUGAUUCGACUGCUUUGAGCAUACUCACCGGACAGCCUUUGGAGCCACUGGAAACGGCUGCCGCAGAGGCGACCGCCUCUGCCGGAGGUCCGAUAGGGCUCCAAGCAACUCCUGAACCAGCUGAGAAAGCGGCCCCGGAUUCCAAACUCACCGGACUUGUCGGUCUUUUGUCGGAGAUUGUUCGUUUUGCCACCUCGAUGCGUAUUACUGCCCGCCGUAUUCGUCGUCGCCUGCCGUCAGAUUCAAGCAGUCAACCCUUGUCGUUCUCUACUGAAGUAGCCGGGAAUAUCGAGAAGGCUCUGGAGUUGCUCAGCGCCAUUGUGGCAGCCUUGCGCGAUGGUACUCGACUUACCGCUCAAUUGACUGCUCGUCAGGCGGAAGAUGGUGUUGAUAUCAAACCAAGUGUUGUUAUGUCCAACUGUCUAGUGGAAGCGUGCAAAGAAAAUUUAACCGGGGUGACGGCUCCGGGUAAAGCCGGUGCUCCAGUCCCGGACGUAGUAUUCCGAAACUACAUGGCACAGGUGCGCGAUUUGGUCUCCAAAUUCGCGGUGGCUAUGGAAAAUGGCGAGUAUGACUUUGACGGCACCAAGCAGGCUAAGCCACAAGAACCUGUACAACUUCGUGCUGCAGCCUACAAACAAGCACAAGCUGAACUGGAAGGUUGCCGUACCAAGUUGGAAUUGAAAGAUGAAGAGGUUCGGGAACUUCAGAUGGCUUUGAAAGCUCGAGCGAACGAACUGAGUGAGAUGUCCGUCCGUGUGGGACUGACGGAGAAGCGACUGGAAAAUGCGGGCAAAGGAAACGAGGAGAAAAUCAGCCGCUUGGAACAGCGACUGGAACAAAUGGAAGCCCAACAGAAACGGGAAGAACGGGAACAUGAACAGGCGAUCGAUGCACUUCACGCGGAUAUUGAAGCUCUGGAACAAGAAAAGAUUGAUCUGAAGGAGAAAUUGAAGACUCUAAGCAAGAAAGCACUCUUGGAAGGUCUUAUUAAGGCCCCGAUUGUUACUGCCACGUCGCCAGCGCGCCAGUCUUCUGUUGUGACGACGAAAGACGGCCCCACAGAUUCUGUUCCUGCAACUCCUGGAGGUACACGACUAACUUCUCGGGAUGCCAGCUUCUUAACCAAUGAGAUGCAACUGAAGAAUUUGAAACCGUUGAAGCACUCUGCGCGUCGCACCGCCAUGCAACUUGCAGCCGAACUGGAUGCGGAUAGCAGCUCACCGGAAACGCCUCGGAAAUCACCUGCGAAGACUUACACUGUGCCACAGGUCAGCAGGCAGCUGGUGGAUCUGCAGAAGCAAUUAUACGGUUUGUUGUCACAUCCAAAGGUGGUCAGGCUGCCUGAUCCGGGAACAACCGCCGCGCAAGAAACUCCCUCAGCCGAGGGUGACAGUUCUGAAAAACCUUCAGCAGCCACUGCCAACAUUCCUAGUGCAACCAGUCAACUAGCGCGCCAAGCCUCGUACAUCAUCAAACUGAAGUCGGAACUAGAACAGAUUCAAAGAAAUGCCUUGGAUGCCAUCAAGCGUGAUUACCCGAAUGCGUUCUUCCGUGCGGACUUUGCUAGCUUUCCGUUAUCAAGCGUCCAAAGGUUCAUGACGAGCUCGUCUGCGUUGAAAGGAGAUCAGCUGGUUGCUCGACUUCUGCUCCCCGAAGGUCAGAAAAAAGAGUCUGCACCUACUCCGGUGGCACUCACUCCAGUCCAGCUUCAACAGGUUCAUCGGCAUAUCUUGGUUUCCUCUUGA